AUGUUUUGCGCACGUAAUGGCGAUGCCAAGGGGCUCCAGAAGCCAUUCCGAUGCGCAAGUGGGCGCGGCUCGGCCAAUCCGCGGGCGACCGCUCCGCCCGAAGUCUUGACCGUCGUCAUCCUUUCCCCUCCCUCUUCCUCUCGCCGCGAGUCAGCGCCGCCCGUCGCUCGUCUUUGCAUCCUCUUUGCUUUGUCUUGGUCUCUCCUGCUCCUGGCUUGGCCCCCUCCCGACCUCGAUGUCUUCCUUGGCUGGUCCACCCAUCUUGGCACGUUGAUGAUUGACUAUUUAUUUUAUGAAUGGACUCGCCGCAACCGGACACCUGUUGCUCCCCCAACUUCUCUCCCGUAUCCUUCCACUAAUUACACCCUCGUUGAAACCACUUCUAUCUAG